AUGAAUAACCACUUCCAAAUGCUGCAAAACAUUCCGUUACUGCAUAAGCCAGACCUGUUUGAUUCCGUUGAAACUUUACCUCUGCUGAAUUAUCCACUGACUCAGCUCUAUUCUGAGCCUGUUUUCGGAACUUAUGUCUCAAUCCCCCCGGUUCCGAACCCUAUUCCGGCAGACCCACCUUGCCAAAAUCAAGUUUUAGCCGAUGGUAUUUCGGUUUUGGACGAUAAACCAGGAAAUCAACCUGUUCUUGAAGGACUUGCUGCCAUUGUUGGUGAACAUGUACUGUUUGGUGGUGGUGAUGCUGAAAAAACUGCUUAUAACUGCAAGAAUGGUGGUACAUCGGAGUGUGUUUCUGUUCCGCUGUGUGUUGGGUCUGAGAAAUUGAAGAGAGAGAAUGAAAACGGAAGUGUUGGUGGUGGAGGUGUUCCAGUGCAGAGGAGCUAUAGAGGUGUGCGGAAGAGGCCGUGGGGGAGGUGGUCAGCGGAGAUACGUGACCGUAUAGGGCGGUGUCGCCACUGGCUAGGCACUUUUGACACCGCCGAGGAGGCGGCGCGUGCGUAUGACUCUGCGGCGAGGAGGCUAAGGGGGUCCAAAGCUCGGACUAACUUCGAAAUCCCUUCAGUGUUGCCUCUAUCAUCACCGAUGAUGACAUCUUCUUCAUGGGAAGUGAAGAAGUUUGGGAGAAGCAAGAACAAGCCGCUGAAUAAGGGAAAGUGUGCAGUGGUAACCUCUGUCUCUCACCUCUUCAGUUCUUCUUUCAGUACAUAUCCUAUCAGUGAUGCCAAGGAGAGUGUUAAUCUGGAGCUUGGCUUGAAGCUUGGCGGAACUUUGAUCAAGGACAGAACCAGAGCAUCAAUGGCGGUUUCCUCUACUAUAUAA